AUGGAUAUUACAGAAGCUUUGAUCACAGCAAUUAUAUUUGUACUUACAUUAUGCUUCCUCUUCUUCUUUUUCCGUCUCACCAAACAUGGAGAAAGAACGUCACGAGUGCAUUUAUCGGUGCAUCAAGGAGAAAACAGCAAAGAGAUCCUUCCGGACGAUGUCAUUGCCCACAUCUUCUCAUCGUUACCUGCGAAGUCCGUUGCAAGGUGCAGGUGUGUAAGUAAAUACUGGUGCGAUAAGUUGAAAGACCCUAAUUUCAUAAACAUGCAUCUGCAGCAAUGCAUCAUAAGCGAAAGGUUUAAUUGUUUUUCGAUAAACGAUGCUAGUGAGUUUUAUCUGCACAUUAGUAAAUCCUCAUCAUUAUCAGUAUUUGAAGAUGACUACCGCGAGGAGCCUGUUGAGAUGGAUUCUCCACAUAAAUCUCAAGUGUUUCAAAGUCGACAUAUUCAAUGCUAUGAUUCUUUAAAUGGUUUGAUAUUAAUGAGAAGCAUCAACUUUGCCACAAAGGAGGAAGUUCUCUGUCUUUGGAACCCAACAACGAAAGAGUUAAAGGAUAUAAAAGUUCCGAAAGUUGAUUCUUAUCAUAGCUUCGACGGCCCUGCUUAUGGGUUUGGUUAUAAAUCCGGUAUCGAUGAUUACAUUAUUGUGAAAGCUAAUAAUGUCUGCUUUUAUGAUGGGAGUCUUGGAUAUGAAGUUUGUACUGGUUGUGCAGUGCAGAUGUACGCCUUAAGAUCGGAUUCAUGGAGAAGAUUACCUGACAACAUCCCUUACAGAAUUGUGUCUCCUAAGGCUGCAGUAUCUACAAAUGAUGGAGUAUUUCUUCACUGGAUAGCAGAACAAACUCCUUGCCAGACGGAUUCCUUGGGACGUGAAGUUGUCGUAUCUUUUGAUAUAUUUGACGAGAAUUUUAGGGAAGUUCCGUUAUCUCCACAAGUUGAUGGAUUAGUUUGCAACACAAAUAACAAGACAACUUUGGGUGUUUUAGCAGGGUGCCUUUGCAUAACACAUUUUGGUGAUUACAAUAUUGAAGUUUGGACGAUGAAGGAUUAUAAUGUGAAAGACUCCUGGACUAAAUUGUUGGUCGCCGAACUCCCAAUCGAAAGACACUUGUGGUAUAUGAAGUUACUAUGGAAAUUGAAAAAUGGAGAGGUCCUAUUCAUAGCCAAAACGGGUUACGAUGAUGUUUGUUUUUUUAUGUAUGAUCCUGUGCACCAUAGAUCUAAAGUUGCCAAGUUCCAUCACCAUUUAGGAGCCCGGACUGGCAUACAUACUUAUGUAGAGAGUCUAGUGGCACUUCGUUAA